UGCUGCCUCUGCACUUAGAGGCGUUCUGUGAAGUCUGUUUAGCCGGACUUGCUAGGGCACAAUCGGCUCAUCUCUGCUAACUCUUAAGGAAAUGCUUUAACAUCCUGUUCUUCCAUUGAUAGAUUGAAGCAAGCACGGAACUCCUACUGUAGUGAAGAGGGCAGCUAUGUUGUGGCUGGCACUGGAAGUGAAUAAGGAGGCACAACCUAAGUUUCUACAAUGAAACAUUAACUGAUCUGAUUCUGAGCCGUGCCCAUGCUGUACUCAACAUGAGGUUUAGUUGGUGCUGGCUGGCAUGGGCUCUGCUCUUGUUCAGAGCCCUCACUUUGUGUGAGGCCCAGCAGUGUUACACACAGGCAUUUCCAAACAUGGUGAUUGAUAUCAAGAAGGCAGUGGAAAGCGGCGUUCGUGGCAGUGACCCCUUUCAUGCUCUAAGUCCAGAGGAUUGUAUGACUGCAUGCUGCAAGGAGCAUACCAUAGCAGGUGACAGAGACUGCAACUUUUUCAUAUUCGACACCAGGAAGAUGGGUAGAAAUCCAAACUGUUACUUGUUCAGUUGUCCAAACCCUGACGAUUGUCCUAUGACACCUUCAAAAGGUGUCAUUAGUUACAGCCUGUGGCCAGAAACAUCUGCCAACAAGAAAUCCAGUGACCAAUAUAAAACACAAGACCAGGAAAAAAGCAACAAUGGUGCAUUAAAUUUCUAUAAUAGCCCAUCUCCAAGUUUCCAAAACUCUGCUCUCAAGGAACCUGGAUCUGUAGUACAAUCAAAAAAUGUGAUAGCAUUGCCGCAAAACUCGGCAAAUAAAGAAUCUGGCUCUAUGAUAGACUUGCAAAAAUUGGAUGCCAAAGAAUCUAGUGAUUCAGCACAUUCGCAAAAUUCUGCAAACCAAGGAAGCAGCAUUGCUGUUAAGGGACAAAAGUCCAACAUCAUAGAAUCUUCAUCACAGUCUGAAAACUCUGUAAAGAAGGAAUCGGUCUUAAAAUUACAGUCACAAAGUUCAGCUUUUGUUUAUCCCAGUCCUACAGUAUAUUUACAAGACUCCAAAGUCAAUGAACCAAAACCUGCAGUAAAUACAAAUAAUACAGCAAAUAUUAAGAAAGAUGCUCCAGUCAAAGACUCAACUGAAUUACAAAACAACAUCACUACUCAGCUGCUUAAUCUUGCUGAAAGAAUGGAGAAGCAUCUCGAACGGAUGGAUCCAGAGCUAGUUCAUGACCCAUCCCUCAAAGUAUUUUAUAUAGCCCCUUCCACAACCGAACAAAAAGCAACAACGUCAGUAAACGCUCAUCAAGAUAGUCGGAGACUCCUGACUACCACAAACCAAAUUAAGCCUGCUCAGGCAAUCCAGAAGAUACCCAUGGAUUUUCCUGGCCAUCAAAUAAAAGCAACCACUCAAGCACCAGAUAUUGUGCCUAGUACAGUUUCCAUCAAAAACCAAACCAAUAUUGUUAACCACCAAAAUGUGCCAAUCACAGGUGUAAGAUAUGUUGUACCAGACAAACUUCCUGAGGACACUGAAGCUACUAAUCCUGUAUCAGACUCAGUUGUAAAGAACAUUCAAAACAGAAUCGAAAGCCUUUCUGAUAGUUCUAUAUAUCCUGUGCCAAAACCUACAAAACCUCUAAAUGUCUAUGUCCCAAAGACCAGCACAGCUAUUAUGGACCUUGAUGUUGUGCAUACACCAGUACAAAUACAAACUACACGUUCUUCCCCUUUAAUGAUAUUACAUCCUAAGAAACUCAGCUCCACGUAUGUUCCUCAUGUUCAGCCUCUUACAACUAAACACCAUCUUCUAUCUAGUUUGAGCUCUACUACUUUAAAAACUCUGCAACCCAAUGUUCCUGACCAAAGCAAAGCAAAACCUGUCAUCCACAUAGAGAAAUCCAGUGUGACUGCAAGAAAUAUGGACAUAUUUAAAGCUGGGGAAAGUAAGGUACCUCAACCUGAUGAUAAAAGUGGACUGGUGGCUGCACUGAUCUUUGGUGUGCUGUUUCUUGUUGUGGUAAUUGGAAUGAUUAGCCGCAAGGUUGCAGAGGCACGACGCAGAGACCAGUACACAAAACUAGAUUAUUUAAUAAAUGGCAUGUAUGUAGACACCUGAAUACAGCUAUGCCACGGCGAAACUCAAACGCUCACAUACAAUUAUAUGAGAGUGAAAAGUCUGCUAACGUCCUGUUUGCAGCUGCUGUAUUAACAUAUAACACGGCAAAAUGUAUAGAGGACUUUAAAACUCAGUCAACGCAAAACAUUGCUCCAUGUGCACUACAACGGGAUUAUGUUCUCGAGCCAGUAAUGCUACAUUGUCCUGUAAUUUAACUUGCAGUGCAACUCUACAUCUACCUUGCCAGAAUUUUCUUUCCUUUCUAAAUGCCCAGGAAAAUCUCAUUAGUGUCAGGGACAGUUUAUGAUUUGUUUACAAAGAAGAUCUGAAUAAAUUAUGGAAGAGAAAUCUUAUUUAAGAGACAAGAAAAUAAUUCUUUAAUUAUAUAAUCUGACUGCAGGAAAUUCUGUGGUUGGUUUCACAUGUACUUUAAUUUCGUACAUAUCUGAGGAGACUUGUCUUAAUUCUAUUAUUCUACUAGGGACUAAUACCUUAUUUAAAGGAACAUAAGACUCACACAUUUCUUAUGAGUUUAAAAGAUAUUCGUCAUAAUGUGUUUUUUGUUUUUUUUUCCCCACAGACAAUGUGUUGUAAAUUGUAAAAAAUAAAUAUAUAUAAAAUAUCUAAA